UGCUACCGCAGCUACAAUUUCAACAACAGCGUCACGCCCUCACGCAACGAUAAGAGACGUUGGACUCUGGACUCGCUUAUGGCUCUUCAUUGGCUGUAUUUCUCCUGAAUAUACGAACGGUAAUCAUUAGACCUUCUCAUCCUUCACGAGUCGUAUCAAUAUGUCAUCUCUAUGGACUCUCAUUGUCAUUGAUGUGCUUCACCCACUUCCUCUGAUGCAUUUCGAACCGUCCUCUAUGUACGAUACCAAUACCAAAUGCCCCGCCAUCUUCGUCUGCAAUGUAUAUAUACUACCCAUACAUUUUUCCGAAGCUGAAAACCUGCCGUUACAACUUGAGAAGACCGUGUAUAAAAUUCUAGCUCCAAGAUCGUGUCAAACAUGCACUAAAAUCCAUCUCCCCGUCAAGUCAGAUCAGGCUUGAUCAACGCCGCUACCAGAGCA